AUGAGCUCAACCCCCCUCAAAAUCGACUCCACCCGGGCCUCGGCGCUCGUCUCCCAGCUGCAAGGCGUGCAAGAGCGCAUCCUCGCCGUCGCCAAAGGCCGGCCCGUCCGCCUCGUCGCCGUGUCCAAGCUCAAGCCCGCCAACGACAUCCUGGCUCUGCACCAGGCUCCCCAGGUCAAGCAGGUCCAUUUCGGCGAGAACUAUGCGCAGGAGCUGCAGCAGAAGGCCGAGUUGUUGCCGAGGACCAUCAAGUGGCAUUUCAUUGGGGGGUUGCAGAGUACACACUGCAAACCCCUAGCCAAAAUCUCCAACCUCUUCGCCGUCUCCUCUCUGGACUCCCUCAAAAAAGCUCAGACUCUCAACCGUGUGCGCGGGGAACUCAUCGCCUCUUCCUCUACCCCCGAAAACCAAAUCGAAAAACUAAACGUCCACGUCCAAGUCAACACCUCAGGCGAAGAAUCCAAAUCCGGCUGUUCACCGGGCCAAGAAACCGUCGACCUGUGCAAGGCCAUCGUCAACGAAUGUCCUCACUUAAAGUUGCUGGGGUUGAUGACCAUUGGCGCCAUUGCGAGGAGCAAGGCGACUACGCCCGAGAAUGAGAAUGAGGAUUUCGUGGUGUUGAGGGAGCAGAGGGAGUUGGUGGAGAAGGAGCUGGGAUUGGAAGAGGGAAGUUUGGAGCUCAGUAUGGGGAUGAGUGAGGACUUUGAGGGGGCUAUUGUUAUGGGGAGUUCGGAGGUUAGAGUGGGAAGCACGAUUUUUUGGGGAGAGGGGGAGCAAGAGUGA